CAAGAAGUUCGGCUGAACCUACGGCAACCCAGUUCCGGUUGAGACCCUGCCGGGCUCAAGACCCUGCUUCCGCGCCCAGGGGCCCGGUCUUCUCUCCGUGCGUCCCGAGCAGCGUUCCCGGGGUGGUGGCAUGGAGGCGCGAUUCACGCGCGGGAAGUCGGCGCUGCUGGAGCGCGCGCUGGUGCGGCCACGCACCGAGGUGAGCCUGAGCGCCUUUGCCCUUCUCUUCUCCGAGCUGGUGCAGCACUGCCAGAGCCGGGUCUUCUCGGUGGCUGAGCUUCAGGCACGCCUGGCCGCGCUAGGCCGCCAGGUGGGUGCCCGCGUCUUGGAUGCCCUGGUGGCCCGCGAAAAGGGUGCCCGGCGGGAGACCAAGGUGCUGGGUGCGCUGCUGUUCGUCAAGGGUGCGGUGUGGAAGGCGCUCUUCGGCAAGGAGGCCGACAAGCUGGAGCAGGCCAAUGAUGACGCUCGCACGUUCUACAUCAUUGAGAGGGAGCCGCUUAUCAACACCUACAUCUCAGUGCCCAAGGAGAACAGCACGCUGAACUGUGCCAGCUUCACGGCGGGCAUCGUGGAGGCCGUGCUUACGCACAGCGGCUUCCCCGCCAAGGUUACAGCACACUGGCACAAGGGGACCACACUCAUGAUCAAGUUCGAAGAGGCCGUUAUCGCCCGAGAUCGGGCCCUGGAGGGACGCUGACCCCACAGGAGAUAAAGGAUGAGCAGAUCCUGUU